UAGCGCUUUCCUUUCCGCUUGGUGUGCAUCCUGGGACGGAGGUCUGCGGAGCUGGGAGCUGCAAAGGCUUUACGCUGCGCGCCUCAGGCCGUUUUACUGCCAGUCAGUACGGGAUCGCUUUGCCAAGAGUUGGAAGGAAUAAAGGAAUAAGGAAGGAGACUGUGGGCCGCCGGCCGCUGUGCUCCGAGUGGCUUUUUCUUCGCUCCUGUCCGGAGAAGCUGGGUUUACAGUCGUCACAGGAUUGAUUCGCCAUUUGCUUUCCUGCACGCUAGCUCUCCGCAUUGUCCGGCAGCGGCAUCUAGAGGUUGGAACUUGGCAUUGCAGCUUAUAUAUUUAAAUGGACCUGAAUUUGCCAGUGUCUGUAACAACUGGUUUUCAGUCACAGCUCGUUUAAAAAGACUUGGUGUUUAGUUCAAAAUUAAGAAAAUAGACGCUUACCUGCUGUAGUACUUAAAUAUUUCAAUUAAUUACAAACUGAUCCUUCUGACUGUUGCAAAAGCUGGAACUUUUUAGUGCAACAAGUGGUUAUUGGAGAAGUGAGUCGCAAAGAAAGAAAGAUGAGUAAGAGCAAAGAUGAUGCUCCUCACGAACUAGAGAGCCAGUUUAUCUUACGUCUGCCUCCGGAAUAUGCUUCUACUGUGAGGCGGGCAGUACAGUCUGGUCAUGUCAACCUGAAGGACAGACUGACAAUAGAGUUACACCCGGAUGGGCGUCAUGGAAUUGUCAGAGUGGACCGGGUUCCACUGGCCUCAAAAUUGGUGGAUUUGCCAUGUGUUAUUGAAAGCUUGAAAACUAUUGAUAAAAAAACCUUUUACAAGACAGCAGAUAUCUGUCAGAUGCUUGUAUCCACAGUUGAUGGUGAUCUCUAUCCUCCAGUGGAGGAACCAGUUGCUGCUGCUGCUGCAGCAGCACCUCCUGCUGCUGACCCCAAAGCAAGUAAAAAAAAGGAUAAGGACAAAGAGAAAAAGUUUAUAUGGAACCAUGGAAUCACUCUGCCUCUAAAAAAUGUCAGAAAGAGAAGGUUCCGGAAGACAGCGAAGAAGAAGUAUAUCGAAUCUCCAGAUGUGGAAAAGGAAGUGAAGCGUUUGCUGAGUACAGAUGCUGAAGCUGUCAGUACUCGUUGGGAAAUAAUUGCUGAAGAUGAAACAAAAGAAACAGAAAAUCAAGGCCUUGAUAUCUCUUCUCCAGGAAUGUCAGGCCACAGGCAGGGCCAUGACUCAUUAGAACAUGAUGAGCUUCGGGAGAUAUUCAAUGACCUCAGCAGCAGCAGUGAAGAUGAAGAUGAGACACAGCAUCAAGAUGAAGAAGAUAUCAACAUCAUUGACACAGAGGAAGAUCUGGAAAGACAGCUACAGGACAAGCUAAAUACAUCAGAUGAACAGCACCAAGAAAAUGAAGGAACCAGUCAGCUGGUUAUGGGAAUUCAGAAACAGAUUGAUAACAUGAAAGGGAAGCUCCAAGAGACCCAGGACAGGGCGAAACGACAGGAAGAUCUCAUCAUGAAAGUGGAAAACCUGGCUCUCAAGAACAGAUUCCAGGCUGUGCUAGAUGAACUCAAACAAAAGGAAGACCGAGAAAAGGAGCAGCUCAGCUCUUUGCAAGAAGAGCUAGAAUCACUCCUGGAGAAGUAAGAGUUUUUGAUACUUAAUUCCAUUCCAUAGAAUGAUCAGCAUUAGAAGAAAAAUUUUGGCUUCAUCACCUGGAUGAGAUAUAACUUAGCAGUCAUUCCCAUUUCCUCUGCUUCUAUUGAAUUUGUAUUAUAGACAGCUAUAAAUGUGCAUGUCUAUUUCAUUUGUCUCUUACAGCUUUCCUGGGUGUUUAUCCCAUAGGAAGUAGGAAUGUAUGAUAGAUAAGUGUAGGAAAAUUAUAGGAUUAGUGGAAUGAACAUUCAACCUUAGUAGUCAUUACUUCACUGCAGGACGUUGCUGCUGUUUCUCAUUUGCCAGGAUCUGCUAUUGCUGGCCUGUGAUGCUAUCUGAGAUCAGUAAGAGUAGCCUAGAGGCUAGUGAAUCUAAUUUGCAUAUGUUUUCCCAUGCAGUAGCUAUUUUUCAACAUGUAGAGUUAUAUGUCAUUUUAUAAAGUUUUAACAAUAAAAACUAGUUUUUACCUCA